CUCUUUUCUUCUGCAAAGAACAUAGCGCACGUUAUCAACAUUGCCAACAACGGCGUAGUUUAGCAGGCAACAAGAACAACAAAAACAUGUUACACUGUCUCAACACUUCGAGUAAUCUAGUCGGAGGAGGAAACAUUUCCGACAUGACAGUGUUGGAAAGACAAAGAGCAAGAAUCAAGUUUCAAAAUGAACCCCAACAGUUUUCUGGAAAUGGUUUCUCUUCUUCACACCAACAACAAUUUAUGAUGCUUGGUUGCGAUUCCGCUCUCGGCGAAAUCGUAACUAAUUCAAUGAAACCUGACCCGGAUUAUGAAAACGGGUUUGAUGAAGAAACCGUUAAGAAAAGGAAAACAGAUAAUAAGGUUGAUUUGAAUUCUAAAGACAAGAGGAUCAAAGUUUGUGUAGAAGAAGGUGAAUCCAAAAUCAUAGAGCAAAGAAAAGGACAGAAGAAUACAAAGUUCAACAAUGGAAACAAAAAUAAGAGAGAAAAUUGUGAAGAUAGUAAUUCCAAGGAAAAUUCGAAAGGGUCUGAAAUUCAAAAUCAGAAGCCUGAUUACAUUCAUGUUCGUGCACGUCGUGGCCAAGCCACUGAUAGUCAUAGCUUAGCUGAAAGAGUUAGAAGGGAAAAAAUAAGUGAGAGGAUGAAAUAUUUGCAAGAUUUAGUGCCAGGAUGUAACAAAAUUGCAGGCAAAGCUGGAAUGCUUGAUGAAAUCAUUAACUAUGUUCAGUCUCUUCAAAGACAAGUUGAGUUCUUGUCGAUGAAAUUAGCGGCUGUAAACCCAAGACUUGACUUCAACAUCGAUGAAUUGUUUGCCAAAGAGGUGUUUACUCAAAAUUUUCCAACCACAGGGAUCCCAUCAGAAAUGACUAACCCUGCAUAUCUUCAAUUCAAUUCAGCACAACAAUUAGUUUCAUGUUGUGGCGGAUUAAUAAACAAUAUGGGGAUAAUCCCUCCGGAAAUCGGACUUUGUAGGAACAUUAAUGCACCAACAUCCGCAUCUUUACCCGAAAUCUUUCUCGACUCAUCAGUUUUCACUCAUAUCCUACCCUCCUCAACUUGGGAAGGUAAUUUUCAAAAUCUUCACAAUGUGGAUUUUGAUCAAGCAAGAUCAAUAUCCUUUCCUUCUCAGCCAUUCACAGGUAUGGUUGAAGCUAGCAAUAUGAAGAUGGAGAUGUAAACAAGAUCUUCUAUUAUUAUUUGUUGGAUGAGCUCACUCCAAAUGCUUCUUAUCAAAAUUCUUUUACUUUUAAAGUACAUAACAUAUUUUGGCUGUAUACUGCUCCUUAUUAUAAAUAAGAUCAUUUUAGUA